AUGGCUACAUUUCUACGAUCAUUUUUUGAAUAUCUGCAUUCGAAUAAUGAUUUAGUUUUAACAAAUACAAAGAGUAGUUUACGUCAUUUUGACAAAUUGUUUAAAAAUAAACUACCAGCUCACUUUCAACAAUUUCAAUUGUUACUUGAAAAACAUUAUAAGAUUUAUCAACAAAUGAUACAAAUAAAUAAACCAAUGUCGAUCGAUGAAAAGUUAUAUAAUGACAUGUGUGAAUUAGUUAAUGAUUUAUAUAAAGCCUUGACCCAGGUAUUGAACCAUUAUGAUGAUAAACAGUUUUUGCAAAGAAUGAAAGAUAACCCAGGUGAAUAUCUGUUAUUUGGAACUAUUGCAUUACUCGGCACAUCUUUUUUAUUUCAUUUUGGACUAUUUCGUUUAUUUGGAGUUCAUUGUUUUGCUCAUAGGUUAGUAAACAGUUUCGUAACACAACCUGAUAUUACUAAACUAUGUUGUACUGCCGUUACAACAGCCGCUUCCUAUGGCUAUUUAGCCAAUAUUGACCGUAAAUCAUUGACUUGUUUAUCAUGA